AUUCAUAAUCUCUAAUUGCUCCCAGCUAAGGUUCAGCCACUAAGUGAGAUCAUGGGUAUCAAGAUUGGGAUCAAUGGUUUCGGAAGAAUAGGUCGCUUAGUGGCCAGGGUGGCUUUGCAGAGGGAUGACGUGGAGCUUGUAGCUGUCAAUGAUCCCUUUAUCAAUACUGAUUACAUGACUUACAUGUUCAAGUACGAUAGUGUGCAUGGACAAUGGAAGAAUGCUGAAAUUAAGGUUAAGGAUGAAAAAACCCUUCUCUUUGGUGGCAAGCCUGUCGCCGUUUUUGGCUGCAGAAUUCCAGAGGAAAUUCCAUGGAGUCAGGCUGGUGCUGAAUACAUCAUUGAGUCCACUGGAGUUUUCACUGAUAAAGACAAGGCAGCUGCUCACUUGAAGGGUGGUGCAAAGAAAGUGAUUAUUUCUGCUCCUAGCGCGAAUGCACCAAUGUUUGUUAUGGGUGUUAACGAGAAAGAAUACAAGUCAGAUAUUAAUAUCCUCUCCAAUGCUAGCUGCACAACCAACUGUCUGGCUCCACUUGCCAAGGUUAUUAAUGACAAGUUUGGAAUUAUUGAAGGUCUCAUGACAACUGUGCAUGCUACCACUGCGACUCAGAAGACCGUUGAUGGACCAUCAAUGAAAGAUUGGAGAGGUGGUAGAGCUGCUGCCACCAACAUCAUUCCCAGCAGUACAGGAGCUGCUAAGGCUGUUGGUAAGGUGCUACCGGCACUGAACAACAAGUUGACGGGAAUGGCGUUCCGAGUACCCACCAUUGACGUUUCGGUGGUGGACCUCACUGUUCGACUUGAAAAGGGAGCCAGCUACGACGAAAUCAAAGCUGCUGUCAAGGAGGCUUCUGAAGGAAGCUUGAAGGGAAUUCUUGGUUACACCGAGGACGACGUCGUUUCUUCUGAUUUCGUCGGUGACAGCAGGUCAAGCAUCUUUGAUGCGAAGGCUGGGAUUUCAUUGAACAACAACUUUGUCAAGCUUGUCUCUUGGUAUGAUAAUGAAUGGGGAUACAGUUCACGUGUUAUUGACUUGGUCCGACACAUUGCCUCUGUUAAGUAAACUUGAAAUCGCCUUCAAUUUUAUCUCCUUCAACUUUAUAAGAAUAGUGUUUUCAAAUAAUGUGGCUCUUAGGAUGAAGGGGCGUCCUGGAUCUGCCUCUGAUUAAGACUCAUUAUUAGUGUUAGAUUUCUUUUAUUCUGUAGAAUAUUUGCUUCUUUUUAUCUACUAAGCGUUGAUGUAGUUUUUCUUACUAGCAUCUCGUAUUCUGAGAUAAUGAUAUUUUUUAUUCGUCCUAGUUCCUAUAACAAUGUUGUCUGAGUCUAUUUCAAUUUAUAUCAAGUUUGAAUUUGGUUUAA